AUGGCGAAGCUGCCAGUCGAUAACCACUUUUCCGAGCCCGCCUACCGCAGUAAACGUAGAGCCUGGAACAGGCGAGAACGCAAGGAACCAGAAUUAGAUUCCUCGCUGGAUACUCGUGUAUUUUCAAAUGGUAUGUCAAAUCCUGUUUACGUUUAGUUUAAAGGGGAAAAAAAUCCUUAAUAGGAGUCCCACUGGAAACCCACGCGAAGUAUUAAAAAGUCGAGUCUUGCUUCCUCACAUAAAAGCUAAUUCACCUCGCUCACAAAUUGCGUAACAUCUGGCGGACGGUUCGAACUCGUUUCAGUUUUUCUUUUUUGAAACUCAUUUUCCUGCCGCUAAUAUACAUCCUCGGUCAUCCUCGUGUCUUUGAAAACCUUUUAAUUAAUGAUUUCCUAGACAAAAGACAAUAUCGCGUUUCUAACGAGUUUCAUUUACUGCAAACAUACUACCUACUGGGAUGAUAGGUCUGCGGGAUAUAUUGUGGACGGAUGAAUUUGUGGCGAAAACUACAUCGCUCUACUGGGACUAUUUAAUAUAUGACAAGUUCUCUAUUUUAAGGCACUCCAUUUUUUUACUUCUAAUCAAUGAAAUUGCAAUUGUCGAUGUGCCAUGAUUCUCACUCAGGAUCCGGAGUCAGUUCACUAACAAAAUAUUGCGGCACGAACCAAGAACUUGACUGUACAAUUUCCAUUUAAGUUCUAGUAAACUAACCUUAAGAGAAUAGUGGCCUGAUAUUGGUGCCGUUUGUAUUCAGCAAGAAAUAUGCGCGCUGUGCUAUCAGGACAUUUUAGAUCGCUUUCCUAGCACUGAUCUUGAGUUAGAGAUCUCAGGAUUUGACUCCGGGGGGAUUGCAUAUGAAAUUAGCGGGGGGGUUCGCGUUUUUUGAUUAAGGGUGUAUUGGUACGGCUGUACGUGAAGAAAUAAAGUAAGCAAAAGAAGGGAAAAACAAGAAAGAUAAAACCAACAAAAUAAAUGACUGAUAGGUAAUUGCAAUUACCUCUUCAGUCGUCUGCUUCACUGACGUUUAGUAUAUUUCUUUUAUUUAGGGGUCAAAAAGGGGGAGCCACGCUCCAAUUGACCUCAUUUAUGGACCCUCUAAAUAUAUAUUUUAAGAAACCACAUUCCUCACCUUUUUGUGCAGCACUAUUUGUGGGCUUUUGUGGGUAGCUGUACUAUAAAAAAUCAAGUAAAUUGGUUUAACUUGGAAAGAAGAUAGGGAUUACAGUCAUGUUUUAAAAGAAAAAAAUUGAAAAGAAUAUUGUGAUAUUAUCUAAUUGGCACUCCUAAUAAUAUCGUCACUGAAACAUCAAUUAAAGAAAUUCGACACGGAUCUUGAAAGCCAAUAUUAGGUGCUGUGGCUAGAAUCUUCUCACUGACGCGCUUUUAACGCCUUACCCUAGUUAUAAUUAAAUCAGUGAACUCAGAUCAACACACUUGAGUUUGAGGAGCUACUCUACGACUUUCUAAGCGCAACGUCGCUUUUCUAAGGUUGUUGUUGUUGUUGAAUUUUUGGCUUUUAGGACCUGAUCAGCUGGAAAAUUAUGAUUCUUUUGCUGUCUGCUCUCUUUUUGGCAUCCUACACUGAAGGUAAGUUGAAUUCUUUUUCUUCUUCUAAGCUUUUAGGCUCGGAAGAUGAGCUCCGAGAUAAGCUUGGAAAAUGAAAAGAGUGACAGAAAUACAGUUCAAAACAGUUUUUUUUCCUGGGAUAACUAAAGAGAACGGCACCUUUCACCGCGGGAAGAAACUUACCACCAACCAAUAAAUGACUCGUUUUAAUAUACACGUGUGUUGUCCUGUAGCCGCUAUGUUGCAGUAAGUAUCAUAUGGUUAAAAAUAAUAAGUAGAUUCAUAUUGCUGUUAAUAGCACCAACCACUGACUAAUAAUUUAAUGGUUCUUCUGGACCUCAGAACAUUCCUGAUAAUUCUCCAACAACUUGGAUCAGCACAAUUAAUCAACAGGAAAAAUAUAACAGCGACAGCAACAACAUUGCUGUCAAUCUGUUGUGAAGUGUUGUCCUUUCGGCUUUUCUUUGUACAAAUUUAUUUUAUUUCAAAGAAUUAAUCGACAAGGAAGCAAUGAAUGUUUUUUUUAGUCUACUUCGGUCACAUUGGCAUGGUAUGAAAAUAAUUACUACCUCAUUAAAUGUUAUAUAAUGGUCUUUGCACUUACAACCGGGGGGGGCUUAUUUCCGGAAACACUUGUCUAGAUACACUCCGCAGCACGCAAUGAAUUUUGAUAAGUUUUUAAGUAAUUUUUUUUUUACUUUAUAAAUACUGAAUUGACAUGAUCCUGGAAGAACCUUAAUUCAGUGUAUCUUGUCGUUAUGACGUGUCAUAAAUGGAAACUCUCGGCUCCUAACCCCCAAACCACAUACGACAGUGAGUUAGGCCUGCUAAUGUGAGUUAGGAUGGGUUUUGGAUUGCAUUUUGCCAACCACAAAAAUUAUAAUUUGUCGGCAAAGGGUGUCGAGUAAAUUGCCUAAAGAAGAAUGCGCAAAAAGGUUGGUAAAAGUCUAAGGUAAACGCGAUCUAGACAAUCUAUUGUAAAAUAAGUUAAUCGAAUUUUAUUCUCCCGAAAUUUGCGACCUUUGCCAGAGGAUAACUGGUGUGGGUUACAAAUAAUCUGCUUAAUUUCUUUGCCAACCUGUUAUUAGAUUUUAGUAAACAAGUGAUUAUUUUUGAGCUCGUACGUGCCUCAAGUUACAUAAUAGAAAAUACCACACACCGCCUUCGGAUUUUUAACAUCAUUAUCAGACGCAAGCUAUUGUAGGUGAUAAAAAUAUUAAAAAUAUUAAAAGUGUUGAAUAUCUAACUUUUCUCCAAAGAGGGAUAAAUAAAAAAGAAAAUUUGGUCUAUAUAUUAUCACUGUAUUGUGCCUGAUUUACAAAUGCUACGAGUGCUGUAUUGCACACUGCAGGCUUUUUAAUUGACAAUCAGUCGUUUUUGUGCCUGUAAUCAACUGAGUUUUGAUAAGUGGCCAAAACUCUGAAGAUGAUUUUGAGCAGACGUAUGAACGAAGCGGCCCACAUCCUCCUGGAAGUACAUUUGGCCUUUCGCAAGUCAUUAGUGGUAAUUCCUUUGAUACAAUUUUUGAACUGAAUGUGUGUGGUUCUCGGUGUUGCCGAAACUAUUUUUGUGAUGUGAUGUAGGCAUCGCCCUCUCUCUAACACCGAGAGACUAACGGAGACCUUCAGCGAAACACCUUACGUUACCCAAACUGCUUGUGGUUUAUUUUGAAAAUCGGCUAUAAUAAAGGAACUAAAACCUGAAGCUAAGAAAAACUGUGACUCGAGAAGUUUCCAGAUCUUUUGGAGGGUAAAGCCGUUGAUUCUCGCAUAGGGGAUUUAAUGAAAUACCGGGAAGUCGGUUUCACUGUCAUUCAAUUCUCUUUUAAUGGCUGUCCAAAAGGCAAAAGACAUUCACCGGUAAUUGUCUCAUGAUAGAGGAAAGAAGGUUUACCCCUUCCCAAUUCCCUUGCGUUUCAUGCUUGUGGCAGUGACCGAUCGCGUGUGAGACCCUAUGCCUCAAGUCUCCCGUGUGCGAACCCAAGUAAAGAAGCUCUUUCACAGGUGACAUUUUACGUGAACGUAGGCUUAAAACUCUUUGUUCUCCUUUUCAGGGGUGUCUAUCUGUCCCAGUCGUGAACUAUCAGCCACAGAAGGAGAGGUGACGUCCCCGAAUUACCCGUCGGAUUAUCCCGUUAAUGCAGAUUGCACCCUGGCCAUAGACGGUGGAAACAACGUCAAGUUGAAAAUAAACUUUAUCUCUUUUGAAGUUGAAGAGGACGAAGAUGGUGAGUUUUAAUAAAUUUGAGGCAAUUAAAAUUGCUACACAUUACUUAUAAUUUGUUCCCAUGCAAGUUUUCCCCUAUAAGCUUUAUUUACCAGGUCAGAACAGAGGACUCAGUGAAGGAAUUUGGGCACUAUUUGCAAAGAAAGCCCUUUUGCUUGGGUACGAGUUAUUUCAAGCUUAAACAGACCCAUUCAUUUUGGUGAAAUUGUAUUUACACUUAUCAUGUUUCUACUUUUUGGUCACUGAAACCCCCCUCAGAUGGGUGAUUGACAGCAAUGAUGCGUACUUGGCUACUAUUUAUAGCUAUUUAUGACGUACUUGUAUGUCUAGUUGAUUUGCGUUGGCCUCAAAAUGAAGCUUACUUUAUUCCUCCUUGAUUGUUCAGGGGAUUUUCAUUAAUUUUUACGCUAGUUUUAAGUAUUGGAGAGACUUAGAGUUACGUUUACGACAAACGGCAAACGUCAGAUUCAAAUUGAGAAUUUCAAUAGAAAUAAACAGAUAAAACACAGGGGCACCCAACGAGAGUAUAGUUCAAAACCACAUAAACGUAGCAUUGUUGAACGUACUUUAGUAAACGCUUAUUUUUAUCUCCUAGAAAUUUUUCAUCUGUUCGGAUUUCCUAGCUGAAAGUACAGUGAUCCGAAAAAUAUAGGGUCAAAAUUUACCUUUUCGAAAAUUUCAGCCAGAAAAAAGGCUCCCGAAAUUCUAGGUGACCUUUUUAGGGUAAAAAUCCGUUAAAAAUGGGCAAUUAUACGAUUUUUUUGAAGUUCGAAAAUCAUAGGAGAGGCAGGCAAGCAAGAAAUUUGUCAGAAAAUGAUCCGAAAAUUCUAGACCUCAAAUCGUCUUCCGAACAGAUAAUUUUCCGAAAAUUGUCGUUGGGUGCCCCUGAAAACAGUCCAAAACGAUUCCAAUGCACAAACCUAAAGAGGAACUGUUGAUAUUUUUGGAAACGUAAUGAACAGUAAACGACACGUAAGGGGGAAAUUUGGUCACGUACUACAAGUAAACGUUUGCCGUUUCCGUAAACUUGACUCAAAGGUUGUUUACCAUUUAUAAAAAAAUCCGGAAAUCUUGGUUUGGAAUUUUCGGUCGGUAAGAACGGUACGUGUCGUUUACCAUUUGCCUAAAUUUUCCGGAUUGUCGCCCCGCGCUAGACUGGAUUAACAUGAAACUAGUACGAAACUCAAGAAACUUGUAAAUGGUAAACGAAUUUCCGUUUGGAAAUCGGGAAAACGGGACUACCUUUUUAGAAUUUCCGUUUGUCUCGGGAAUUUUCAAGUGGGACCGAACUAAGAAAACGUUUACCAUUUACAUCCCAACAGGAAUUUCCGGGAAUUGGUGGUAAAUGGUAAACAACCUAAAUCUCUCUAUUGUUUUAAUUUUUCAGAUCCAAACGUGUGUAAAUUUGAUUCCCUAACGAUUAUUGAUGGCCCAAGGUCGUUGAAAUACUGUGGGAGGGCACCUCCUCCUGAAUAUACAUCAUCAGGAAACAAGAUUUCCAUUCGAUUUUUAUCGGACGCUUCUUUUCAAAUGAGUGGAUUCAAAAUUUCCUUCAGUACCAUCAGAGUGGAGAUCCCAGAUCGUGAGUAAAACAUAGAUUUAUCGUGUAAAUAUUUCGUUAAGUUAUUUAAGCCUCAUUUAAAAGGUAAAAAGGCUUCAAGUAAAAGUUACUAAGCGAAAUUGAAGUAUCGUUUUUAUUUAGUGCUAUAUGUGGAUGUCCACACUACUUUAGCCUACGCAGCAAGAGUAUCAGCGCGAGUUCGUCGAAAAAGUUGGGACGAGAGCAAAAACAAAAACGCGCUAUAACUCGACUGGAGACUCUUGGUACGCAGAGUAACACUACUUAGUCUCAACCACCACUGGUAUCAGUGUUCAAAACCUCAUAAAUAAAAAUUAAGCUUACUGCCCAAUUGAAUGCAUUGAUUUAAUCACAUGAAAUGAUCUUUAUACCUGCUAAAUAAAAAUAAAUCUAACUACAAAUGUCAGAGGAGGCAUUUCAACCCAGCCUCUCAAAAUGACUUCUGAGGGACGACUGCAGAAAUUCCAUACUCAUGGUCAUAUCUGGGAAGUACUUCUGAUUGGUUGAGGCAAAUAUAUUCCCUCGCAGCACGAAAAGUCAGAAGCACUACCCUGAUUGAUCUGGGUAAUCACAAGUUAUCAGUAUGAAAUUUCUUGCGCUCGUUCCUCAGAAGGUGUUAAUAAUCGCAUCUUUUCUUCCACAUCUUAGCACCGCCUGGUUCCAGCAUAUGCCCCACGAGAAACCUUGAGGUUAAUCCGGGAUCUUCGGUAAACGUGACAGGGGCUUUACACUCGCCAAACUCUCCAAACUUUUAUCCUGACAACCAGAAUUGCACAGUCACCCUGGAUGUUCCUGAUAACUACAAGACUGUUGUGUGGUUCGAGAAGUUUUCAUUGCAGUGUAAGUAGAGAAAAACCUAGUUGGAGGAUAUUUCCAUAUGAUUGUGAGCAAAAAUGCAAUAGUUAAUUCUUCAUUUUAUUUCACAGUCGCUGUUGUUAUAUAGCUGGAAAUUUCUUCCCAACAGCGCGCGCCCUCAUUGGCUACUUCGAGAUCACAUGAUUUGUAUAUAGACAAUAGGCUCUACGUGGCGUCAUACUGUUGGCUUUAUGACAAAGACCCCACUCCAUCUUUUAUAGGUAACAAACCGUUGCUAGGCGUUGCUAGGUUGAAUUUCAUUACCAUAUCCGUUGACGCUGGGCGCUUACCGCGAGCUCUGAAAAAACUUAAAUUCCGCUGCGAAAGCGCCGUGAACAAUGAAACUGUUUCCCGCCAAAAUCUCUGAGCUGGCAACUUUGCAAAAUCUAUGACGUCAGAGGGUAACCAUGCACUGUUACUCGCGAAUAGAAGAAGUGUAUAUUUUCCUGAUAUACUUUACGAUUGCAUUCAUCCCUUGAGAAUACAGAAGCACAAUUAAUAACACGCUCCCACGUGGAUGGCUUUAUAGCUCAGUUUAUUAGAGCAUCGUAUGUUUCGGAAAUGGAAAGGUCAUGGGUUCGAAUUCUGAUUAAUUAUAAAGUGGCUUUAAAACUUUUUCUUCGGGUUUACAUACGCGAUGGCUUAUACUGCGAGUGAAGAUUCAAUGCAGGAUGACUCCCUCAUUUAAUUUUGAUAAAAGUUACUCGAGAUAACAAAUUUCGAUGUCUCUUUUGUCUCGUAAUCAGUGCCGGAUCCAGCCCUCGAGAUAGGGGCCUGGUCAUUCAGACCCUAAGAUGUGGGGGGGGGGGGCAGUCUCCAAAAAUUUUCUUCGGCCCUUCGGGCCUCAGUUGGUCUAAAACUAAGGAGGAGACCCGGCCCCCCCCGACCCCUUCCCUAGAUCCGCCACUGGUAAUUAGCCCCAUUGUAGGAACUGGUAUUCGACAGACAGUGAAAAGAAACCAAGAUAGGGCUCAAUCUGGCCCUUGACUUACUAGCUUUUGAAAGCUAGCUCAGUAUUGCCAAGCGUGAAUUCACCUUUUUCACUCAGGCAUGCCGGAUAAGUCAGUUGCUAUGAUCAAAAUAAAUAAAUAAAAAUACCAAGUGCAAAAGUAAAAGGGUCAUCUGUCUACUCCCCGGUCAUCGACCUCUCUCUUUAGGUCUCUCUACAGUCAAAAAGGCAUCCGAGUCUGAAGUUUAACGAUUGCUAAAAUGUAGAAAUGUCUUUGCAUUUUUCUAGACUCUCCAACGUGUGAUUAUGACUCCUUAGUCUUGAGUGACGAACUUGACAGAACUGCACAGUGCGGUGGAGGAGACGGUCAAAUUCCCGCUCAAGUGGAGUUAAAAGGAAAGAAAGUGAAGUUUUCUUUUAAAACAGAUGACAGCAUCUCAGCUGCUGGAUUCCAUAUGAUGUAUAACAUCACCAGGCUUCAACAAGGUAUGAAAAAUAACAAUAAAAAACUAUUAAUUUCUAUUUUAUACCUAGCCUUCUAUUUGUUCAGCGUACUCCCCGCUCAAGUUCAAGUUUUAGGCCAUAAGCGGGUUGUAAACAGGUCACGGUAUGUGAAAUGGUUUAUACUAGAUAGCUUUGAUAGUAGAAAUUAGCCGCCUGCUCUAUAGUGCCGAUAUUUUAUUGCUAAAACCAGCCAAUCAAAAUUAAUGUUCUUUCAUUAUAAAAAUACCCCUAGUUUUUAUCAUCGUAAUUAACCCACGCCCACGUGCCCACUCGUCUGCGUUAUCUUGUUCACACACAACGUGCGCUAGAUGAAGAAAUCUUUUAAAAGAUGUUCUAAUAACAGGAUUGGGUCAGAGAUGAGCAAGUGGUUAGUGAUUUUGACCGAAACUUUCGAAGCAAACAGUCACCCUAAUAUAUGACUCAUAUUUCAGAGUGACUGUUUGCUUAAAAAAAAAAACUUUCUGCUUUCCCUUCCCACUGCCAUCUCACUUUUUUCGUUUUCUAGAGCGCUCUCCUCAGCAAAGGGAAAUAAUCCAAACCUUAGAGAAACUGGAGAGUGAAUAAACAACAACAAUAACAAAAACGGGAAAAGUCAAGCUUAUAUCUUCUUGUCUGUUUUAAGUCUCUACAUUUUAUUGCAUUUGUGCGCACACCCAAACGAAAAACGAUCCAUUUUUCCACCCCAACUGUCUGGAAACAAGUUUAUUUAGUUGUCAAAUCUGAAACAAGCAACCAAAUAUGUGGAUAAUUCUUUGUCAUUUUUUUAUAAUCGGCCUCAGCACUUUCAACAUCAGCUUAUUGAGAAUUCUCGAGGUCAAUAUUCACGUAAUGAAAUUUUUACACUUAUGCAUUAAAUUACUUGAAAAUUUCAUGAUUUUUUGUUUUAUUGAAUGGUAGGUCGAUGCGCGUGUACCGAAGGUUUAUCUUACAUCACCAUAAGUAACUACAAGUCAAGAAACAAUCGUAGGCAAGAUGACAUCCGGUUUGAGUUUAAGAGUUCCCAGUCUAGUGGAAUGAUUAUGUACGCUAAAGGAAGACACAGGGACUAUAUUUACGUUGCGUACAAAGACAGCAGGGUUUUUAUGUUCCACAUCGAUCUGGGGACAGGUAGGAGAGUUGUUGGAAGUUUCCCCUUUUAACCCCUUUAUCUACCUGUCAGUGAAGCAGGGUUCAAUUCUUGUUAAAAUGUGGUUACAACUUUUGGCUCUAUGUGGACGAAAUGAAUUGAAAGGACUUUGGCAGUGGUUUUAAAUGGUAUUCCCCAAAGAUGAAAUUUAGAAAUUUUGUUGAAUUUUGACUUUGGGAGUUUUGUUCGUGAAAUGCUUGAAGUAGAUGUAACAUGUUGCCCCAAGAUCGUUCAACACUGAUUUUUCCAAUAUUUGGUCAGGAUGUACGUGGACUAUUGUUUCAAUAUUGAAUGACAAAAAUUUUCCAAAUAGCAUCUAAUGCUGAAAAAAGAAAUUAUAUAUAUAAUGCAAGAUUACAAUAUUAUCGCAAACCGUGGAAGCUGAUUCAAACUGUGUUUCAUUCAAAGUCAAAGUUUAAAAACCCUUACAGUCAAAAACUACAAGCUAAAGGCAAAAUAAUUUAAGACAAAAAAAAUACCACAGUCACAUUAAUUUUAAAACGCGCACCUAAAAAGAUCAGUUUUCAGUUGUCUUUUAAAAAUGUCCGAUAAUCCAGCAUCCCUAAUAUGCUGAGGAAGACUGUACUGUUCCAAAGAACCGGCGCAGUAACAGAAAAAACACGACUGCAUAACUAUGUAUAUUACCCCCAGGCUCAGCACGGUAAGUAGCCUUUGGUUGAAACAUUGCUUUUCUUUUCUUUCAUAUGCGAAAAAGGAGAAGCAAAGUUGGAGACAACGAACGUCACACUAAACGACAACAGGUGGCAUAAAGUUCAUUUGACACGUGUUGAUCGUACUGUAAUCGUCACAAUUGAUGAUGGAGCUGCAAGCUGUAAGUAACGUGCGUUUUUAAGCUACGGUAUAAAAGGGUAGCAAAAACCUGCAACUUGUUUUGCAACAUUGCUGUAAAACGAGUUGAAUAGCGAUGUUGCGCGUUUUACCACCCACCAAUCAAACCUGCCUUCAGAGAACAAAUCAGGUCGUUGCAGGCUCCGAAACAAAAGUCUGAGUAUUCACGCAGGUUGCAACGACCUGAUUUGUAGGAAGACAGGUUUGAAUUGUAGGUGGUAAAACGUGCAACAUCGCUUUUCAACUCGUUUUAGUGCAGCGAUGUUGCAAAACAUAAGUUGCACGUUUUUAUCGUCCGUUUUAUCGUACCUUUUGAUUAAUAUAUACCCCAACGUCGCGCAUUCUCAUUGGCUGCUGGCAAGGGACACAUGAUAUGACGUAACAUGUAGCUUGCGGUUUUGUGUGGGUUCACAAACAAACUAGUGAGCGGCAAGCCGAGAGGAUCGCCGCUCGUUCGCGGGAUUUCACGGCUUCGUCGCCCACGUAGCUUGUUUGCGUGCCCGCCCGAACAAAAUCGUCCUUUUUAUACGCAGGCUUGACGUAACAAUAACAAUUUUGCCCAUACAUGAAAGAAAAGAACAUGCCCUGAACGGCCAGAAAAGUUUGAAAGACCGUAGAAAAGCUGUAAACAGAGUUAUUUCAAACAUGAAAUGUUUCAGUCAAGCUGAGCAGACAGAUUCUGAAGGACAGAUUCUACGUUUUUUUAUUAUUUCAGUGACUGGGAGGACUCCCGGAGGGUUUAACCGCUUAGACAUACCUUCUUCAAGGGCUUACUUCCUUGGGGCGCCAACAAACCAGAAUCUCUCGCCAAAUUUCAUUGGCUGCAUCCGGGAUUUCACUGUUGAUGGAUAUGAGCCUAUCACAAACGCCUGGGCCAGAAAGCCGGAUUACAAUAUAGUGCGAAGGGGGUCUAUGAGACUCUGCAGUUCAUCUGAUGAGACGCGAUAACCAACAGUCUGACGAAUGAUCAGUCAAUCAUAUAGGAUAUUGACCUUGUACAACAAGAAAUGGAUUAUAAUUCCUGACGUUUUUGAGCUUGGUUUUCUGUUUUAGAAAAAGGAGGCAAUGAUUUAGGUACCAGCGGAAAAUUUAACGAUUUUCUUCUAAUACUAAAAAAUAGGAUUAACUUUCAGGCACUAAUCUUCUAUUCCAGCUUAAAUUUUUAACUAAGAACCAAAAAAAAGAUGAAACAAUCAUAGAUCUUUUAGUAGCGUAGUUACGCGAUUAUGUAUAAAUUACGUUCUGGUAAAUCUGGGCUCUUAUAUAAGGUACACCGCUGUUGCUCAGUCAUGAUAAGAGCUGGUUUUUUCACUCCGGAAGGGGGGUGUAACCUCCUAUAAAAGUGACGGGGGUGCUUGUCGAAAAGGUACCAGAAUCUUGUUUUAUGGGCGUGUCCCAAAUUCAUUUCCACCUUUAAGAGAUACCAAUUCAAAACUAUAAAACUGGCACUGCAAAUCUUAAUAGUGAUAAAGAUAACUUUCGAACCCCUUCUUCUCAAGGAAUUUUUGAAAGUAUUGCCAUAAAUCUUUAUCCUAAUAAAACGUAUCAUCUCUGGCAGCGGUCAUUUUAGGUUUUAGCACCCUAAGCGGUACCAAUUCACAAAUUUAAACCCCUAAAAGGUUUUAGCACCCUAAGCGGUACCAGUCCACAAAUUUAAACCCCUAAAAGGUACGACCAGCACCCCCGUCACUUUUAUAGGGGAGUACUCCCCGGGGUUUUUACCUAGUUUCGUGCAUGCAUCAACAUAGCCUGUUCCAGGCUCUUAGAUAGUCGGGGCCGCUGAAUUGAAAAAGCGCGAACACGACAAUAAAAAGAGAGGAAACUGGGUCCGUCGAUAUUUGUGGAUACUUUACUUCAGGUCGGGGCUGACCUUGUGUCGAAUUUUUCUUAAAUACUUUCUACAGCCGGCGUCUAAUAAGUUGUGACUCUUUCUCCUUGAAGGAUAAUUCGGUCUAUUUUUUCCCUCACUAUCUACUGCCCCACAAUCCCCUUAAAGCAACGUUGUGCUGUUGAGUCAAGCGUGAAGUCAACAGUAUAGUGCACAAAGCAGCAUUAGCCGUGCGGUGGAGGUAGUCUUCCUACAUUGUGUUGUUCAGUACCAAAGUAUCCGACUGUACUAAUAACCUAGCUCAUGAAUAUUUUUAGCUGACUUCUCUUUUUAACAUUUUAAACAUGAUAACUUCACUUAAUUACCUUAUGAGAUGGCUUGUAAACAAUUAACUAAGAUUAUAUUUGUAAAUGUUGUAUUUUUUAUUAUAAAUAUGUUACAGAUAAAAAUAAAAAGCAUGUAUUUUCUAUUAUGCACCUUACCUUAAUGACAGUCAUGUGAUAUUAUUAAACGCAAGCAGAC